UUUCAGGGCGCCAAAUUUUGGCAGAUGAUUGCACUUUACAUUCCAAGUCUCAUUUCAGCACAUAUCCUAACUUAUCGGCUGUGGUUGUGAUGUGACAUGCGGUUGUGUAAUAAAUGUGUUUUUCUUUCAACCUUUUGUACUUGGUCGUGAGAAUGGACGGAAAAUGAUGUUUAAACUUAUUUGAACUUUUAUGAGACUAUUUAAAACACCUUGGGAAUAUGUCUAGAUUCGCUGGGAAGGCCAUUUCCAAUGUUAGAAUUUCACAUAGACGAAGGACAGUCUCCUUCUCGGGGAAUGUCAGUAGAAGAAAUGAAGAUGAUGUUGAAAUCCUGGAGCCUGAAGCCGCCCUCCAAGAAGCAUUACACGUUGCCGCCUUCCAAGCUCAGCGGCAACGGAAGAACAGUGGAUAUUCCUUUACCAGUGAUCUACCAGACGGUGCUUUGAAAGUUAGAGCUUUGUUUCAGAGGUUGGGCAGAGCAGUGUGGAAUCACUCAGACACUGUGUGGGCAAAAACCAUCUCAUGGAUAAUACUGGCGCUGCUGCUGUGGGCGAUCCUGUACAGCAUCGAGGGUGAAGGCAUGGGACCCGAGGGCGACUUGUUCAGACUGCUGGUGGGUAGGUCGCAGAAUGAACUCAACAGAUUUAUGGUGAUGAUUAUCGUGGCCUACCUGAUGGGCCAGGUGACGGAGUUGUGCAAGUUGCCAGGACUGCUCGGGAUGUUGGUUACGGGACUUGUCCUCAGGAACAUAAAGUUCUAUCACCCGGCUGUUGGUAAAUACGCUGACCUGACUAAAGUCAUGAAACAGCUGGCCACUACCUGUGGUAUGAUCAGAGCAGGCAUGAGGCUAGUACCUGACGCUAUCUACGCAGCCCUCCACUGCCACCAUGGACUGGUGCUGUCUGGCCUAGGGUUCCUUCCUUCAUUCCUGGAGGCCAUGGUGACAGCUGUGAUCUCAUACUUCAUCCUUGACUACUCCAUAAUCUGGGCCCUCUGUCUCGGGUUCCUGUUAUGUCCCAACUCUCCCUCAGCCAUCACCCCACCCAUGGCUCAGCUGAUGGCCCAAGGCUAUGGUGAAGAGGAAGGCAUUGGAGUGCUCGUCCACGGGGCUGCAGGUCUUGACGUUGCCUUUUCAGUCACCAUCUUUGACUUGUGCCUCGCCAUACUUUUCCAUGGAAGGCAUCUUGAACCUUGGCUCAUGAUCGGGAAGGGCAGUUUGGACGUUCUUGCGGAUAUCGUGGGAGGUUUUGUGCUUGGUGUCAUCGCAGGUUUACUACCUGUUCAAGAUAAUGCCCUUGCACUGUGGAAACGCACAUUCGCCACGAUGACGGGUGGCAUGUUGGCAAUCGUGCUGGGUCCCCGGGUUGGUCUCCCUGGCACAGGUCCGCUCUCCUCCAUAGUGACGGGGUUUGUGGCGUCCAUGUUGUGGAAACUGCAGGCCCCUCUCAGCACCAAGAAAACAGUGAACGACAUCAUCCAAGCCAUGUGGAUCGUCUUGUGUCCGAUGCUGUUUGCCUUCACAGGGUCUGACGUGGACAUAUCCUACUUGGACUGGUACACUGUCUGCUGGAUGGUGGGCAUUGUGCUCGUCACUGUUGUUGUCCGUCUGUUGGGUUGUAUUCUUGUCUUAUGUGGAGGAGGGUUCAGCUUCAAGGAGAUGCUGUUUGUUGGUCUCAUAUUCCAGGGGAAAGCAACUAAUCAGGCGGCACUGGCACCUCAGAUAUUGUAUGCAGCCUGGGCGACCCACGACGACAAUGAAGUACGCAAAGCCAACGAGGCUGUGACGAUGGGCGUUCUAUCCAUCCUGAUCUGCACCCCGCUGGCCCACCUCGGCGCGCUCUGGGGCGGACCUUGCUUGUUGAAGAAGAAAACAGAGUCAUCCACUGCGAGUCGGACGAAAACGAAAACCGACAGCAACCACACGUUCAAAAGUGCUGAUGAAGAUACGAACAAUGUACAAAAUAAUGUGAUGAAUGUAUGAGCCAUGUAUGUAAAAAUUGUAAAUAUAUUGUAACGUUUUUGUACUUGGUUU